AUGGAACAUCCAACAAGAUGUUGUUUAGCUGAAAAUACAUCCAUUGAAGAAGAUUUAGAGGUAACUGAAGAAAUUAUUCUAGAUGAAGAAAAGGCGGAUAAGACAGUUUUAGAUAUCGCUAACCAACAUAAUGUGGAGCAACUAGAACCUAUCGAUGUUGUUGCCUUCGAUUCUACUGAUUACUUUACUAUAAAUAAGACAUUUGACUCAAGAAAAGAAGUUAUAGAAGGUGUCUUCGGUAUACAAAAAAAUAUAGUUGUCGUGAUUGUGAAGACAGUGAAUAAGAAUGAAAAUCAAGGUGUCAAGGGCUUGUCCAUUGUAUUUGGGUGUGAGAAAGGUGGAAAGUAUAAGAAAGGAAAGCAAACAUCGAGUCCUUCUAAAUGUAGAAAAAGAACUGGCACAAAAAGAUGUAAAUGUCCAUUUAAGUUGAGGUCGACUUGCAUAACUGCUUCAAAAUGGAAUUUGGUUCUCAAAGUUGGACACCAUAACCAUCCUCAUCCUGAUGAACUUUUGGGUCAUGCAUUCGUUGGUAGAUUAACUAAAAAUGAAGAGAAAUAUGUUAUUUAUUUCCACGAACACGAUAUGCCACCUAGAUAG